GAUUGAGGAUGUGUUUUCUCGUUAUAUUAACCUCCCCGAUCAAGAAAGAGAACAUGCUUUGAUUUUUCCUGACCAAGGCAGACACCCUGAUAUUCAAAACAAAGAGUAUCUGCUAAGGGCCCUGCAGCAACUAAGGAGUGAAAAUGACAUUGCUCUUCAACUAGCCAAUCCUGCAGCUAUCAACAAUGACAUUGAGGAACUCCAACAAGAAGUUGGCAGGUUACAGCAACAACUUCAAAUGGCUGAGGAGCAAAUCAGGACAUAUGAACCUGACCCUUUAAGGAUAACUUCUAUGAAAGAUAUGGAAUCAUGCGAGAAAAAACUGGUUGACACUCUAACACGAGUAGUGCAAAGAAAGGAUUCUCUUUUGAGUAACCAUCUAUCUUCUUACGACCCAUCUAGUAUGCAGCAAUGUCAGCAAGCGAUGCCAACCUCUUUUGAGAAUGAAGUUGUGGGCUGGUUGCCUGAUGGUGGUCAUAAUCAAGCCCAAAUGUUCGACACA